AUGUCUCAAGCAAACUCCAUUGACUACUUUGCCAUCCGCAACACCAUCGCAACAUAUUGCAUUGCUUUGGACACGAAAGAUUUUCAGCUGCUGCGUCAAGUCUUCGUCGAAGAUGUCGAUGCGAAGUAUCCUUUCGGCGGACAGAUCAGAGGCGUGCAGAAUGUCGCCAAUGCUAUUCAGAAGAGAUUGGCACCGAUUACGUCUCAGCAUGCUUUGACGACGCAGACGAUUGAGAUUGCUGAAGAUGGCAAGAAUGCUAAGGCUACGACGUACUUUACUGGCAUACAUUUUGGUCAGGGAAAGUGGAAGGGUCAGCAGGUGACUGCUUGGGGCAAGUACAAUGAUACGCUUGUCCUUACCGACGACAAAGAUGGCCUGCCUGGUGCUUCUGGCAAGUGGUUGAUCAGUAAGCGAGAGGUUGAGUUCAUGGGUCGUAUGGGUGAGGAGGGUGUUAUGGAUGGAGAGGAUGGCUAA